GAUAAAUUGAAAUUGCCUGCUUAGCCGACAUAGCGUAUGGCCAGUGAAAGGGCUGUGGACUCAGUGUUGCUAUAUUUUCAUUGGAACCGGAUUUUCAGACUCGUCGGAUUAAAAAUUUUAAAUUCACCAGAGUUUUAACGAGUUCGACUGGAAUCGGAGUCAAAACUCCAUGAAAUCCGGAUUAAAUUGUGACUUUUCUUGACUCCGCACCUCUGGCUUCUAGAAAGAUCUUAUCAGCGAGUAAAAACAUUUAUCGGCACUAAAAAAUGGAGACAAACUCACCGACUCCAGAUGGCGCUAUUGAGCACCGAAUUUAAUUACAAUUCAGUCGCAUUCCUCGUUACGCUGAACCGAUAAAAAUACGUAACAAUAGGGAUCAUUGAAGCGCGAAUCUCUCGUCUCACGAAAAGAAGAAACGGCAUUAGCUGUUCAUUACCGGUAAGCAGUCUGCAAGGAAAGGCGCACGAGUUAUUGCACCAAUAGCGAAAUAGAUAUGAUAAACUAACAGUUAUAAUAAAGUAAUACCGCAUCAGUGUUAUUAAUCGUUAGCGGGAAUAUUGCGAAGGAAAACACACAAAGAAUGGAAUGUACGAAACAACUUCGGAAAAUAUUUUUAUUGUUCUGUUUGAUGAUUCAAGUCCAAAGAUCGAUUUCAGCUGUUUCAUCGUGUGGCGGAACACUGGUUGGUCCCACCGGAACUUUUACGUCACCAAACUAUCCCCACUCUCCGAAACGAGCACCGAAUGCAGCGGAAGUACGUACGUCACUAUCAAGUAAAGAUGAAGAUAUUAUUACGUGUGAAUGGAAAAUAAAAGUACCUGAAGAUUUCGGUAUUCAACUUAAUUUCGGGGAUUUCAACAUGGGAGCAGGGCUGGAUGAAUGCAGCAAAGGAGAAUUAGAAGUUUUUUCAGGAAUUGAUGAGAAUAAAACAAGUUUGGAUAAAUACUGUGGCAACGACGAUCUGGACAGAGUGCAAUUAACGAAGAACACAGCUACAGUUAUAUUUCGAAGACCGAAAGAAUUUUCUGGCAACGGGUUCUUGGUUUCAUAUAUUGCAACGAAGCCCGGAGAAACAAAGGACGAUUUCGUUACCUGCGUUGAUCAAGGUAAAGACCAUGUUGGAGUUGGAUCUUACAGUGUCCUAUGUGCUGGCGGAUGCGGCAACAUCACAGAUCUAUCGGUUCGAGGAAAAGACCCAUACAGAGACGACUCAUUCUUAUGCAAAGCAGCGGUCCAUGCAGGAGUGAUAUCGGAUUUGUUCGGCGGAAGGAUUGACGUGAGAAAAGUUCCAGGCAAGAUGUGGUACAUGGCGUCGGAAGCUAAUGGAGUUGUUACUGAAACUGGUGUGAUGUCGGACACCAUGAUAAAGUUCGUCAGACCAGACGAAAGCUGUAACAGUCUGAUUGAAUUCCAUGAAAACCAACUGACGGCUUCAAGUUAUUGGACAAAGGAUACAACAGGCCCGGAUAAAAGUCCGAAUCUUAGUGAAUGGAAACCCGACAAAGCAAUCCUCGGAAAACAAAUCGAAGCAUGGAGUCCGAACAAUCCGACAACCGAACAAUGGCUUCAAGUUGAUCUGAGAGAAACUAAAGUCAUCACAGCAAUAUCAACCCGGGGAUCCACCAAAGACUUCUACACAACGAAGUCAUAUAGAAUCGCAUACAGGAAUGAUACAGAGUCGCCCUGGACAUUUUACAGAGAAGAAGGCGUUGGAUAUGAUAAGGUAUUCGUUGGUAACAAAAACAUUUUCCAAGAGACGAGGAAUAACUUUAUUCGUCCAAGAAUCGUCGGCAGAUUUUUCCGGGUUUAUCCAACGCCAGUAAGAAGCGAUGAUUUCAGAUAUUCAUUGCAGAUUGCUUUGUAUGGCUGUGACGCUGAUGAAACAGAAAUGCCCGUAGAGCCCAUCCUUCAACCAGUUGUGACGCCAUCAACAACCAAACGAACAACUACGUUAUCAACGACGUCACGAGUUCCCAUAGAAACCACAACAAUGCCCUCCUUAGCGCCGGAUCUCAUCAGAGAAAACAAUAAAUCUACAUCGGGGUCUCCGCCAACAAACAAAACAUUGAAUGAAAAAGAAGAGACAGUCACUGAUGGAGGCGGUGUUGUGAAGUCCCCUGUAGCUCCAACUGACACAAAGAAGCCAACAAUAAACGAAAACAGCAUUAUUGUCAUCGCCAUAGUCGCUGCUCUUGCUGUCACCUCGAUAUUACUUGCUGCAUUGGUGCUUAUACUUGUUAGAAAGAGGAAAAAAGCACCGAAAGAUGGCGCGUUGCAUCCCUACCAAAUGCAACAGAUACAUGACAAUAAUAAUACAGGAUUUCAAUAUAAGAAUAAGAAAAGUCGGAAGCGAGGCCGAAAGAACCCAGGGGUUCAUAUUCAAAAUGAAGACUACAAGGAUACUUUAUUACAAGUUCAAAUUCCUCAAUCCACAUUGGGAAUCGGGCCGAGUCAGACUGUCACACUACCAGCUGACCAGACCAGGUUUAUAUCAAGCCAUCCGGAGAAUGGAUCAAUGCCUGCUUUCCUAAGGAAUGGAAUCCCACAGAACAACACGUUCAGACAACCAGCGGAGGAAAGUGACAGUUUUACAGAAGACGAUGAUGACGACCACGAAUAUCAAGUCAUUCCUGACGAACUUGUCGUCAGCGACGCAAAGACUCCUGUACCAAGCGUUGGUCGCGGUUCAUCAAAAGCUUCCACCGGUUCGAGCAUGGGGAACCACAGUCGCAAAUCAGACACAAUGCAGCGCCCAUGGGGUGUUGAUACAAACCAAUGGAAUAAACAACCACAAUUUGCGUCUAAUUCACCGGUAUUUACACCACAGCCGCAUAACGGGAUACAGCGCAAUCCACAUAUGUCCAGUUUCUCGGGUUCAAGUCACCCUAAUGGAGUAUUUGCAUAUCCAAAGGGAGCUCAACUUACGCGAGCAGGGACUUUUUCACAAGGGGAUUACCCACACCAUCAGAUUCAUCCCGGGAUACGACGGGGAAGUUCCCAAUCUCCCACCCACUUACAACGUCAUUCCUCGUCUUCUAAUAAUUCUGCUCAUUCCUACACUCCCAAUGGAUCUUCCCCUUACUCCCACGACCCCAAUAACCCUUACUAUUCAUCAGUACCCAAUGGAGAAGGCAAUGUACCAUUGGGUUAUAAUCAUGCAAUGUAUGGGGGUCCAAGCAUCCCAGAACAAAAUGAAAUUCCUGCGAGCGCCACCAGGCGAGCACCGUCCUACAAAGUUCCAAGACAAUUUGACAAUGACAAGCCAGCGUUGCCAGAAAAAAUUGGGCAUUCAUCCCAUCAUUUACAUAAUGGAAGCGACCCGUCUAUAGGUGGGCGUGGCCGAAGUAUUUCUCCGACACAAAGAUCAGACUACGAUCGAUUAUAUCGUAACAAUAAUUCAGGAGGUCACGUGAUUCCAGAUAUUCAAAACAAUUUUUCAAUUUCAAAUGGAAGUCACAGCCAAUACAACCAAUUAGAUUUGAAUGGCGCGAGGGUGUGAAAGGGGCGUGGUUCUUCUAAAAAAGCGUUGUUCUAUCUUCUUAUCUUCACUCUUUUGGAAGACAAAAAAGCGCGAAAAAAGUGGAGAACCCAUUUUGGCGGCUUUUGUUCUUAUGAACAGCGUAAAAUUUACGGACGCUAGACGGCGCCGAAGAGUUGCAAUCAAUUUUUAAUUAUUAUCGAUUUUAUGAGACAAAAACGACCAAAUUUCAACAAAAAACUCGUUCAAAUGUUGUAAAAUAUUUUUUUCGUCCAUUUUUUGUGUUUUAUACUUUUUUUCUUGAAAUAUGCGAAAUUAAUGAUAUCGAUGCGAAAUUUUUCUUUCCAUGGCAAAAUUUUUGACAUUAUUACUAUAUAUAAGUAUUCGCCAUUCGUUGUCUAAUUUUUUGCUUUAAAAGUAUUGUUUUUGUUGCUUUUUGUCGUAUUUUGAAAAUUUUCCUUUAACCAUUACCCGAAGAUUAUUGGUUUACCGCCUAAUUAACCAUUCUAUGCAGUAUGUGGAAUUAUAUGAAAAUUUCACUACUGUUAACCACAAAAAAUCGGUUUCCCGUUUAUGCCUAUAUACAUACACAACGGGGUGGAUUAUUGGGCUACGACCGCUACGAUAAGCGUCGAAGGUUUUAAAUGAAAUUAUGACGUAAUAAUUCGCAUAAUGUCGUCAUCGUUUUUAAUGUGACGUAAUCUUUGUGUAUUGUUAGGUCAUUUAUUGAGAAUCUACAUUUCAACGAGGGUAUUAUGACGUCAAGUUUUAUAUUAUGACGUCACAUUCUCGUAAUUCCCCCUCAGUGACCCUAAGUUUGUCAGGGUUUAUAUGUUUACACGAUAUCUAGGGAAUAAAUAACCUUAUUUCUCAAAUUUUAGGGUAUGAGCGUUGUAAACAAAUAUUUUGCCAUUAUUUUAUGAAAUUAUUCUUGUUCUCCAAUCUUGCUUCCUUUAUUAAAGCUGCCAUUUUAUUUCCUUGCCAUUUUUGCGAAUAAUUUUUGAUUUAUUUUUACUCUUACAAGCUUUACAGCGAUUGAUGUUUAAUCCCCA